CCUCCCCUCCGCCACUUCAGUCCGCCGUCCGGGCUCGGCUCGACCGUCAUGGAGCGGGGCGGGACCUCCGUGUCUACCGAGUGAACUGCGUCGUCGCCGCCGCCGCCGCCGUUGCCGUCGCUCGGCGAGGCCUCCGGAACCCCUGCCGCCGCCGCCGCCUUCAGCCCCUCGCCCUUGGCAGCCCGUCGCCGCCUAUCUGGGCGGGACCGACACCCCCCCCCCCCAACACCUCAUUCCCCUAAAUCGCGUCCGGUGAAGGUGCAGGCCGGGCGCCGUCGCAGCCGCCGGCGGUCGGGAGAUGGUUCGGGCCUAGCGGAGCCGAGACUGGAGCAACAUGAACCGUGAAGACCGGAAUGUGCUGCGCAUGAAAGAACGGGAAAGGCGGAAUCAGGAAAUUCAGCAGGGUGAAGACGCCUUUCCACCCAGUUCCCCUCUAUUUGCUGAGCCAUACAAAGUUACUAGCAAAGAAGACAAAUUAUCAAGUCGUAUUCAGAGUAUGCUUGGAAACUACGAUGAAAUGAAGGAUUUCAUAGGAGACAGAUCUAUACCAAAGCUUGUUGCAAUUCCCAAGCCUACAGUACCACCAACAGGAGAUGAGAAAUCAAACCCAAAUUUCUUCGAACAGAGACAUGGAAGUUCUCAUCAGAGUAGUAAAUGGACUCCAGUAGGACCUGCACCCAGCACUUCUCAGUCUCAGAAACGGUCUUCAGGCUUACAGAGUGGACACAGUAGCCAGCGUGCCAGUGCAGGUGGUAGCAGCAGCACUAAUAGUAGUGGCCAGAGGCAUGACCGUGACUCAUAUAGCAGUAGCCGGAAGAAAGGCCAGCAUGGAUCAGACCACUCCAAGUCACGAUCUUCGAGCCCUGGGAAAACCCAGGCAGUUUCUUCACUAAGCUCUAGUCAUUCCAGGUCUCACGGGAAUGAUCACCAUAGCAAGGAACAUCAGCGUUCCAAGUCUCCUCGGGACCCUGAUGCCAAUUGGGAUUCUCCUUCCCGUGUACCCUUUUCCAGUGGGCAGCACUCAAAUCAGUCUUUCCCACCAUCACUAAUGUCAAAGUCCAGUUCGAUGCUACAGAAACCCACUGCUUAUGUUCGUCCCAUGGAUGGACAGGAGUCCAUGGAACCCAAGCUGUCCUCUGAGCACUACAGCAGCCAGUCCCAUGGUAACAGCAUGACUGAGCUGAAGUCUAGCAGCAAAGCACAUCUCACCAAGCUGAAGAUACCUUCCCAACCACUGGAUGCAUCAUCAGCUUCUGGUGAUGUGAGCUGUGUGGAUGAAAUUCUUAAAGAGAUGACGCAUUCAUGGCCUCCCCCUCUAACGGCUAUUCAUACACCAUGCAAAACAGAGCCUUCCAAAUUUCCUUUUCCAACUAAGGAGUCUCAGCAGUCCAAUUUUGGCCCUGGAGAACAAAAAAGAUACAACCCUUCUGCCAAAACUUCAAAUGGACACCAGUCAAAAUCUAUGUUAAAAGAUGACUUAAAACUAAGCAGCAGUGAAGAUAGCGAUGGGGAGCAGGAUUGUGAUAAGACAAUGCCAAGGAGUACACCAGGAAGUAACUCUGAACCUUCCCAUCAUAAUAGUGAAGGAGCAGAUAACUCCAGGGAGGAUUCUAGCAGCCACAGUGGAUCUGAAAGUAGCUCUGGAUCUGACUCAGAGAGUGAAAGUAGUUCCAGUGACAGUGAGGCAAACGAGCCAUCCCAGAGCGCGUCUCCAGAGCCUGAACCACCACCAACAAACAAAUGGCAACUUGAUAAUUGGCUGAAUAAAGUGAAUCCACAUAAAGUGUCACCAGCUUCCUCUGUAGAUAGUAACAUCCCAUCAUCUCAAGGCUACAAAAAAGAAGGCCGAGAACAGGGCGCUGGGAGUAGCUACACGGAUCAGGGUGGGCCUAAAGAAACAAGUUCUGCUACUCCAGGACGAGACUCCAAAACUGUCCAAAAGGGAUCAGAAAGUGGGCGCAGCAGGCAGAAGUCUCCUGCACAAAGUGACAGCACAACACAGAGGAGAACUGUCGGCAAAAAACAACCCAAAAAAGCUGAGAAAGCAGCUGCUGAAGAGCCUCGUGGAGGGCUAAAGAUAGAAAGCGAGACCCCUGUAGACAUGCCUACUAGCAUCCCCUCCAGUAGACACAAAGCAGCCACCAAAGGCUCAAGGAAACCCAAUAUAAAGAAAGAGUCCAAAUCAUCUCCUCGGCCUACAGCGGAGAAAAAGAAAUACAAGUCGACAAGUAAAUCUUCUCAGAAGUCACGGGAAAUCAUAGAAACAGAUACCUCGUCCUCAGAUUCAGAUGAAAGCGAGAGCCUUCCCCCUUCCUCACAAACUCCUAAGUACCCUGACAGCAAUAGGACUCCUGUUAAGCCCUCCUCUGUGGAGGAAGAAGAUAGCUUUUUUCGGCAACGAAUGUUCUCUCCUAUGGAAGAGAAGGAACUCCUUUCACCCCUCAGUGAACCUGAUGACAGGUAUCCACUUAUCGUGAAGAUUGACCUGAAUCUCUUGACUAGAAUACCAGGAAAGCCUUACAAAGAAACAGAACCGCCCAAGGGGGAAAAGAAAAAUGUGCCAGAAAAGCACACAAGAGAGGCUCAGAAGCAAGCUUCAGAAAAAGUUUCCAACAAAGGCAAGAGGAAACAUAAGAAUGAAGAUGAUAGCCGAGCCAAUGAGAGCAAAAAACCCAAAACAGAAGAUAAGAAUUCAUCUGGCCACAAGACAUCCAGCAGCAGAGAAUCAUCUAAGCAGAGUGCUGCAAAAGAAAAGGACUUGUUACCUUCACCUGCUGGGCCUAUUCCUCCAAAAGAGUCAAAAACGGAGCAUAGCUCUCGGAAGAGAACUAUUAGUCAGUCUUCUUCCUUAAAGUCAAGCAAUAAUAGCAACAAGGAGAACAGUAGCAGCAGCAAAAACAGUUCGUCCACAUCAAAACAGAAGAAGACCGAAGGGAAGACUUCCAGUAGUUCUAAGGAAGCUAAGGAAAAGGCUCCAAAUAGCUCCUCUAACUGUCCUACAACUACACCGACUCCUGAGGCUUCUAAGCCACGGAGAACAAAGCUUGUCUUUGACGACAGAAAUUAUUCAGCAGACCAUUAUUUACAAGAAGCAAAAAAGCUAAAGCACAAUGCAGAUGCAUUGUCUGAUAGGUUUGAGAAAGCAGUAUACUAUCUUGAUGCUGUGGUGUCUUUCAUUGAGUGUGGGAAUGCCUUAGAGAAGAAUGCUCAGGAAUCCAAAUCUCCAUUCCCUAUGUAUUCAGACACAGUGGAGCUCAUCAAAUAUACUAUGAAGUUAAAGAAUUAUUUAGCUCCUGAUGCUACAGCUGCAGAUAAAAGACUCACAGUGCUUUGCCUGAGAUGCCAGUCUUUGUUGUACCUAAGAUUAUUCAAAUUGAAGAAGGAAAAUGCUCUCAAGUACUCAAAAACACUGACAGAGCACCUAAAAAAUUCUUAUAAUAAUUCUCAAGCACCGUCACCUGGUUUAGGAAGCAAAGCUGUUGGGAUGCCUUCCCCAGUUUCCCCGAAGCUGUCACCAGGCAAUUCUGGAAGUUACUCCUCUGGGGGCAGUAGUGCUUCCGCAAGUGGUUCUUCAGUGACCAUUCCACAGAAGAUCCACCAGAUGGCAGCCAGCUACGUUCAGGUUACAUCUAAUUUCCUCUACGCCACCGAAAUUUGGGACCAAGCUGAACAGCUUUCCAAAGAGCAGAAAGAAUUUUUUGCUGAACUGGAUAAAGUAAUGGGCCCUCUCAUCUUUAACGCAAGCAUCAUGACAGAUCUAGCUCGUUAUACCCGGCAGGGACUACACUGGCUUCGCCAGGAUGCCAAGUUGAUAUCUUGAACUGAACACAUUCUCGUUGCCUCUGAUUUUCUCCACAACACUGUGUCACAUCACGAAGGAAAACUGCCAUAACAUGCCACCUAGUCGACACUAAGAAUGAGGAAUGAUUUCUCCUCCUUGGUUUAUGUGUUGUUUUUUAUAACCCAAAGCCAUCAUAUCAAUUGACCCCUUCAGUAUUCCCAGUGUGAAAAACUUAUUUAAAUGCUUUUCAGUCUGCCGCACAUUGAUAAGGUAGUUUUAUUGAUCUCUCAGAAGAUUGACGUUCCAGUUGCAAUUCGUAAUUAAUCAAGUGAAAAUUAUUUAUUUUAAUAUUUUUAAGUUCCCAGACUGGGGCUUCUUUAAAACUUAUUUCUGACUAUAAAUUUAUUCUGUUGAAUAUGUAGUGUAAAUCUAAUGUAGGCAUUUUUAUUUAUGUAUUUGGGGAGUUUUGUUACCUAAUGUCUUUUUGUGGUAGAUCUACCAAGAGUGAGAGUUGAUUCAUCUAAAGUAGGGACGUGUUCUCUCUACACGUACUACCUGAUAUUAUUUCAGAUCUUAACUACAAUUUUAUUAUUGUAGAAUUUAUGCUUAGUGUUACGGUUACUCCUCUACACAUGAAAGAUCACUUAAAUAUGAAAUGGCAUUGUAUGCGGUUGUAAAAUGAAAUAUGUCUGAUUUGAUAUACAUUAUUUCAAAAACUGUGAACAUGUGAAUAACACUACACCAAUCAUAAGGUGACUAUAACAUGCUUUUAAUGCAUUACAAAAGAGCAGGUAUAAAACUUUCUAGGAAUAUAUCACAUUGAAAGGUAUCAUAAAAGGACAAUCUUAAGGUGAAUUUUAUUAGGACCAUGUGUUCAUUUUUGUUGCUGGUUAUUUGACACUUCAUUGAAGCCGAAUAAGUUACUCUUGUUU